AUGAUCCGUUGUAUAAUCCGAAUCCAAAUUCUACUGCGUCUCCGUACCAAAUUAAUGUACCUUUUUUACACGCUAAUCGAUCUGAUGGCAACAAUGAUACUAACCCGGCAACGAGAAAUCCUCUUCUUAGUGGACAAAAUCUUGUCACUCCUUUUAUUGAUCUAAAUAAUAUUUAUGGUAUUAGUGAUCAAGAUGCGAUGGACAGACUUCGUGAUACUUCAUCCAAUAGGGGGAAAUUAAAGACUUCUAUAAUUAAUGGAGAGCAUUAUCCUCCAAAAAAUGCAUCUGAUGGAGAAUAUAUUUGGGGUUCUACUUCGGAUCGUUCGUAUAAUAUAUUUAUUUUAGCUAUUCAAACAAUUUGGAUACGAGAACAUAAUCGAUUGUGUGAUGAAUUAUAUCAAAAAUAUGGUAAUUCUUGGACUGAUGAGCAAUAUUUUCAAGAAUCAAGGCGUUGGGUUAUUGCUUUCUUUCAAAAAAUUGUUGCUGAAGAAUAUUUUGGUGCUGUUCUUGGUCGUCCUUUACCAGCCUACCAGAAAUAUAAUCCUAAUCUUAAACCAGGAAUUGACACGUUCUUUUCAACUGUCACAUUCCGAUACGGUCAUAGUGAAUUAAGAAUUCAAGACGAUUAUGGUGAUACCCUUUAUAAUUUGGCUUUGAACGAUCUUAAAAAUUUCACACUUUUAGAACAACUUGGUCUAGAAAGAGUGCUUUUGUCAUUAGUUCUUCAACGUCAGGAGGAAGUUGACAUUUUCUUUUCAGAUUCGACUAAAAAAUAUAUUGCCCCCGACCUCGUCACUUAUGAUAUAGCAGCUACUGACAUCUUUAGAAGUAGAGAUCGUGGUAUUCCUUUAUAUAAUGUAAUACGACAAUAUUAUGGUUUUCCUGAAGCUAAGUCAUUUGCCGAUAUUUCUACAAACCCUAAUAUUCAAGCAAACUUGGCUAAAAUCUAUCCAAAUGGUGUUGAUUCAGUGGAAGCAUGGGUUGGUGUAAUGAGUGAAGACCAUUUAAAUGGCUCAAAUGUUGGCAAGGUUAUAAUGAAUGAAAAGGAUGAAAUAACAAGUAGUAUAUUGCCAUUUCGAAGUUGGAAUCACGAAGAAGGAAAAAUUUCGGAUUAUAUAUAA